UAUCUCCCACGUAAGGCCAUGUACUGUAACCUGUCAGGCUGUCAGCAGCAAAAGUGAAACCUGUUUGAUUUCUUAAGUGUUUAAAAUGGUAACAGCUUUUUGUUUGAUAUGUUGAACUUAUAAAAAAAAAGAGAUCGCCGAAGAUUUUUCAAAGUGCCAGAAUGCAACAUUACAGUAAUUCAAUUGAGAAAGAACUCAUUGAAAGAAGAAGAGCCGAGUGGUUGAAGUUGUCAAAAAGCAAUUAUAAUAUAUCCCAACUAUUUGUUUGCUAUCAACUAUUCAUUUUGUUUCAGGGAAACCUGCAUAUUGUAUAAAACUGUAGACAUAGACUGGGUUCCUACUAAGAAUCUCAAAACUCAACCAGACAAUGUUCCGUCAUCAUUGAAUUCAAGUGUUCUAUCUACUGAUGUAACUGGCUCAUUCCAAAGUAGAAACGAAGAAGUAUCUACAUCAACUGCAGGAUGUAACAAUACCAUUUUUGAAGAACAGAUAAAUCUAACAGAUUCCAGUAGAACAGAAUUUUCUGUAUUCCAGAAUGGAAAUGAUUCAAUGGACGAGAGCUCUAUGACUGAUGGUCCUUUACAGUCAACAUUCAUUGAACCAAAUGACAUCACUACUUAUGAGGAAUGUUUGUCUCAGCUGAAGGCUGUCCUUGAUUUUUGUAUUUCAAAAGGUGUCGAAAAUCCUAACAACAAGACUUUAGCUGAACUAUCCCUGUUAAUACAGCUUCAAAAAGAAAACUCAAUGUCAAAUACUGAAUGCGAUUCUUAUGAAUGUAACACGACAAGUAAGGAAGUGGUAGACAUUGACCAGCUUCAAGUUCUUCAACGGUCGUUUGAUGACCUGACAAGAAAACUAGACGAUUCCUUACAAGAGGAAGUUUUGCUACGACAAAAAGUUGAUUUGCUGGGAAAAGUAUUAGAUGACGAAAAGCUUAUUAACAAAAUUAGGAACAAGGACCAGAUGACUAAGUACUACACGGGAUUACACUCGUGGUGCCUAUUCGAAAUAAUCUUUGAACUUAUUCUACCAGGCAUAGAACAUUGCUCAAUGUUGUACAAAAAAAGUCUUUCUUACGAAGAGCAGUUUUUGUUGGUUUUGAUGCGAUUAAGACUUAACUUAGGGGAGCAAGAUCUAGCAUAUAGAUUUAAAAUAUCAGUAGGUACAGUGAGUAAAUAUAUCGGUAAAUGGAUUGAUGUAAUGUAUGUCCGACUUUCAAAUAACUUCAUGGUGUGGCCUGACCCUCAAACUAACAAGCGCACAAUGUCAUCUUUUUUCAAAAGAAAGUUUCCAAACGGCGUAGCUAUUAUUGAUUGUUUUGAAAUUCCAAUUGAAAGACCAAAAAAUUUACUUGCGCGUUGUUCAACCUAUUCUCACUACAAAAUUCGUCCUACUGCGAAGUAUUUAAUAGCAAUUACACCGCGGGGAGCAAUUUCUUACAUUUCAAUGGGCUAUGGUGGACGACAGACUGAUGUUCACAUCACUUUAGACAAGAAAAAUGUUGCUCUAGGCAAUGACGAAGGUUUCAUAUGUAAGUUAGAGAAAGGUGAUGAAGUUUUAGCAGACAGGAAUUUUUUGGUUAAAAAUGCAGUAGAGAAAAGAGGGGCAAAGCUAACUACACCAUCCUUUCUCUCUAACAAAGUCAGAUUGACUCGCCGUGAAACCGCAUUUUCACGAAAGGUGUCUAAUGUUCGUAUCCAUGUAGAGCGCGUUAUUGGUCGUCUUCGAGAAAAUUUCCAAAUUCUGAGACAUCGAGUACAAAUUCAAUAUUUGCGAAGCGGUAAAAGCAAAUUUGCCUUCCUCGACAAAAUUGUGUUUGUUUGUUGUUGCUUGAACAAUGCCAACCCAAGUGUCGUUCUCCCUUGCUAAAGUGUAAUGUUUCUUUGUGAAAAUAAAGUAAAUAUAAAUCAA